GGCUGGUCAGAUGUACGAUAAUCUCAGCAAGGGAUGGGCGACUAUCUCUUUUUAUUACGGUCGGAGCACUUGCCAUCGGUAUUGUCGUCACGGUUUUAUAUAGUGGAGAGAAGCCCAUAGCCCGACGAUACUACUUGUAAAUACCGUGGUACAAAGAUCCAUUUCGGUGCUUCGUACUGGCUCAUGUGUCUUGUGCGAGCUCUUCAGGGUCGUCGGGUUGGCUAUCCCGUGAUAAAAUCCCUUCAAGACAAGUCUCAGUCUUGGGCUGCAACUCCUCAUUUCCAAGCUGCCCACUAGUACCCAGUACUUAACCCCUGUAGCUUCUCUCAAGAAACUAUGGAUGACUCUAACCCCCAGCUGCCCUUUGAGCUUGUCGAGAUUAUCGUCUCCGAGUUUUGGUACUCUGAACAUACAUCUGACGACCGUAUCACCUUUAUGACUGCAUGCCCACUCAUCAGCCGCCUCUGGAGGGACAUCUACGCCCAUAUCACAUCCCGGAACAUCUACGUCCCAACUGUCCCAUAUCUAUUCUACCUCUGCUCUACUAUCCAUUCUCAAAAAUCAUCAAUCUACCGCCCUUUUCUUCCCGAAUCCACUCGUACCAUCACCUGCCAUGUCGAUCUCCUCAAAUCAAACAGUGACUCCGCCAUGUUCCCAUACGUAGUCCUCUGCGACCUACCCAAUUACACCGGCUUUCGCAAAUGUUUUCCCAACAUCCAGUACAUCCACCUCGAAACCAAGUCCCUUCCUGGACCAUACUGCAGGCUGUCCCACCGACUCAUCCGAACUCGACUUUCCAUAAGACUUGAUCAAGCGACAACACAACGUGAUGACCUACCCGUAGAUUGGUGUAUCACUGUUGAUGAUCCUCCAGAUAUCGGUGAAGUCGAUCCCAGUAUCCUCGAGAGGUCAUGGAUGUCCUUCCUUUGCGAAGUGGUGUGUGAUAUGAAUCAGUACAGCUGGAGGUUAAGGUGCAUGUUUGAUAUGUCAUCCCAUUUCUCUGCGGCGAAGAGCUCGACGUGCUCUGGCAGGGUCCGUAGUUUUCACGGUCGCACCUGCUGCGAAGAACGAAGCAAAGACAUGUGGGGUAUCAACCAUCGUUUCUGGAAGGCGGGCAGAACUUGCACAAGUUUGAAGACAUUUUUUUCUGACCUGUACGACGAGUUGUGCUGGGAUGAUUUCCCGGAGGUUAAGCUUCCCAUGUGGAGACGCACAUUUGGUGUGGACUGAGGGUUGGGAGUUGAUGAUCGGCAAAGCUCUUUUACCAUAAAACACGGUGCCGUAGUCUUGCUAUGAAGGAGAAACAUGUAUGUGUAUGCCUUUCAGCUGCACUCCAUCUUUAUUCUGGUGACAA